CCUCGAUCCCUUUCAUAAGAUAUAUAUAUAAAAGAGCAUGUAACACAUGCCCAAUAAUAGCCUUUCCAUUUUGUGAAACAAAUGGGCAGUGAGAGCAUAUCUCAUAAACAACAUUAUGAUAUCUCCAUGUCAAAGAGAACUAGAAAGCCAGCCAAAAUCCAAGAUGAGCUUCAAAAUUUCACAUCGAAAGAUGACGGUCUUAGUAUCAUUGAUAAAGGAGAUAGAUCCGAGAGCAACAACGACCAUAAAAGCUUAAAACAACUCAUCAGUGGUGAAGGGAAGGCAGAAACGAGGUUGGACGAGGGCAACCGAGAAAGGAACUCGCUUGGCCAACACUUUAGUAAAGAAGAGAUCAACAAUCUUCAAAUUGUGAAGAAACAACAUCAAGAUGGAUUACAAGGAGUGAAGCUGAAAAAAGUAGUUGGAAAAUUUUUGAGAAAUUUGAUCAAAGGUGGUGGUGAUCAUCAACACCAGCUGAUGAAGAAGCCAACUAGAAAGAAGUCUUUUCUCUAA